AUGAACUGGAAGUCCGGUGGUGUUUAUGCCAAUGGCGCUUACAAUUAUGAUAUCUCACCCACUCGAACGAACCGUCCAUUCCCCGUCCCAAAGGAGUCAUCCGCCAAAUGCUAUGGCGUUUACCAUGGCUUCUGGACCCGUUACAAUAUUCGGGGUGCUGGAUGGGCUACCUGGGACAAAGGUCAAAAGACGCUCCGAGGGAACAGCACGCGCUGCUUUGGCCAUGGGCUGACGGGGUGGUAUUUCGAAUACUUUGACGAGCCAGACAGCAACGGUUACGAGUGGUUGGCCAAGUUCAACUCGCCAGUGUUCACUGAAGCGCGCUGUUAUGCGAAUAACAAGGUCCAAAAGUGGGCUGGUGGUCCAUCAAAUGACGGGUGUCACUGA